UUAUUCCCGCUCUCGGUGCCUCUUUUUCGACCGAAUCAGAGUGAGAGAGCUCAUAGAAGUCCAGAGUUUUCCAUUUUCUUCAAGAGGAAAGUUUCUUCAUUCUUCCACAGUUCGAAAAUGGCUAAAGAUAUUCGGUUUUUCGAGUUGAACACUGGAGCGAAAAUCCCUUCCGUAGGUUUAGGGACAUGGCAAUCAGAGCCUGGAAUUGUCGGAGAUGCUAUCAUUGCCGCCGUUAAGGCUGGCUAUCGGCAUAUUGAUUGUGCUCAAGUUUAUGCAAAUGAGAAGGAGGUUGGCUUGGCGCUAAAGAAGCUGUUUUCAGAUGGUAUAGUGAAGCGUGAGGAAUUGUGGAUUACAUCCAAACUCUGGUGUUCAGAUCAUGCACCAGAAGAUGUACCUGGGGCCCUAAACCGAACUCUGCAAGAUUUGCAGCUUGACUACGUUGACCUGUACCUUAUUCACUGGCCAGUCAGUAUGAAGAAGGGAUCUGUAGGUUUUGAUCCCGAAAACCUCACCAUACCUGAUAUCCCAAGUACGUGGAGGGCAAUGGAAGCACUCUAUGAUUCCGGAAAGGCACGUGCUAUUGGUGUUAGCAAUUUCUCUUCAAAGAAGUUGGGGGAUUUGCUAGAGGCUGCUUGUGUUCCUCCUGCUGUCAACCAGGUGGAAUGUCCUCCUGCUUGGCAGCAGACCAAGCUACAUGCGUUUUGUAAAGCCAAGGGAGUUCACCUAUCUGGGUAUUCACCACUUGGUUCCCCAGGGACAACAUGGCUCAAGAGCAACGUCCUUAAGCAUCCUGUCAUAGCUAUGGUUGCUGAGAAAUUAGGCAAGACUCCCGCACAAGUUGCUCUCCGGUGGGGGCUGCAAAUGGGCCACAGUGUACUUCCUAAGAGCACAAAUGAGAAGCGGAUCAAAGAAAACUUUGAUAUCUAUGGGUGGUCUAUACCAGAUGAUUUGUUUGCAAAAUUCGCUGAAAUUGAACAGGCAAGGCUGGUUAGAGGUACUACUUUUGUCCAUGACACUUAUGGCGCUUACAGAACCCUUGAAGAAUUCUGGGAUGGUGAAAUCUGAGUUCACAAGGAAUUUGUCUACCAAAACUGAAGCUCAGUUGUCACUUGAAUUUGUCUGUUAUAGAAUUUGCCCAAAUUCCUUAUGUUGAGUAGUCACAGGUGAAUGAAUAUUAGGUAGAUAACUGGGGUUUUAUAAUGUGUUCAAUGUAAUGAAGUCGAUUUAGAUGUUUUGAUCUUCAAAAUGUUGAAUUGUUGUUUCUGUGGUAAUGGAAAUAUUACCACUUCUGGUUGAUUC